AUGAGCAAGCGGAAUUGUUGGAUUUGCAAAAGGUGCAGAGUUGAAUCAAAGAGACCCCCUUCAAACCUCACCCUGGAGGAGGUCUUACAGUGGGCCCAGUCUCUUGACAAGUUGCUGACAACCAAAUAUGGCCCCAUCAUUUAUGCAGCAUACCUAAAGAUGGAGCACAGCGAUGAGAAUAUUAAAUUCUGGAUGGCAUGUGAAAAUUAUAAGAAAAUUGAUUCCAGGUGGAGCCGAAUUUCGAAGGCAAAGAAGCUUUAUAAGAUCUAUAUCCAGCCACAGUCCCCUCGAGAGAUUAACAUUGACAGCUCGACAAGAGAAACAGUUACCAAGAAUAUUCAAGCAGCCACUCAAAUGUGUUUUGAAGAGGCUCAAAAAAUAGUGUAUAUGCACAUGGAGAGGGAUUCCUAUCCCAGGUUUCUGAAGUCAGAAAUGUACCAGAAACUUCUGAAGAAUAUUCAGUCCAACAACAGUUCCUGA